UGAUCUUUUUUCCCAGAGCUAUCUAAAAUAUGAAAGUAAAUCUGUUAAUGCUGGACUCGCUCGCGGGCUUCCUCUGGCGGUACGCAGUGAUUUUUCUGAUAUAACGGGAGGACCGGAAAUGGGCGGUCUCGCUGUAAAGCAGCUGUGGCCGAGAUUCGGAUCCUCGUGAUCACGGUUACAGAACCAAUCAAGUAUCGAUACGGUGGUUCGAGUAAACGGGAGUCGUUUAAUCGACACAUGACUCGAUUCGCCUCUGAUUCGAGUGCGGCAUUACUGAGUGUUUCCAGAAAGGUAUGCUGUCCUGUUCCAAGUCUUCUCCUGCCUCUAAUGUCGACUUUCCAACAUGUGUGGAAUUUAGCUUCACAAAAACACACAAUUGGAAGCCUCCACAAGGAGGCGAAGGAGGGCAAGGAUAUGGCAUCCUGUGAAGUCUCCAGUGCUCAGCGAACACCCUCUCCUACACCUUGCAGACAAAUGCAGGAAAAUACUGACAAUUUAACGACUUAUCACUGCUCAGAGUGUGGGAAGAGUUUUAAUCGAGAGAGUCAUUUUGAAAGACACCAGCGCAUUCACACUGGAGAGAAACUGUUUCACUGCUUUGACUGUGGGAGGAGUUUUAAUUAUCUCAGUGCUUUCCAAAGACACCAGAGCAUUCACACGGGAGACAAGCCAUUUCACUGCUCAGACUGUGGGAAGAGUUUUCAUUUCCAGAGUGCUGUUCAGAAACACCAGCGCAUUCACACUGGAGAGAAACCGUAUCACUGCAUAGACUGUGGGAAGAGUUUUAACCAACAGAGUACUCUUCAACAACACCAGCGCAUUCACACUGGAGAGAAACCGUAUCACUGCAUAGACUGUGGGAAGAGUUUUAACCAACAGAGUGCUCUGAAAACACACCAUCGCGUUCACACUGGUGAGAAACCGUAUCACUGCUCAGAGUGUGGGCGGAGUUUUAGCCACCAGAGUCAUCUCAACGCACACCAGCGCAUUCACACUGGAGAGAAACCGUAUCACUGCUUCGAGUGUGGAAAGAGUUUUAAUUAUCAAAAUGCUCUUCAGCUACACCAGCGCAUUCACACUGGAGAGAAACCGUAUCAGUGCAUAGAGUGCGGGAAGAGUUUUAAUCAACAAAGUGCUCUGAAAACACACCUGCGCAUUCACACUGGAGAGAAACCAUAUUAUUGCUCAGAGUGUGGAAAUAGUUUCAAACAACAGAGUAAUCUCCAACGACACCAGCGCAUUCACACUGGAGAGAAACCGUAUCUCUGCUCAGACUGUGGGAAGAACUUCAAGUAUUCAUAUAGUUUGAAGAAACACAAAUGCUCUAAGAGCAGUGAGGGGCUGCAAAACACCAACACGUCUUUCCCGGUGUGAAAGACGGACUCCGACUCCAAAAUUGUGGUAACAAUUAAAAGAGAACUGGUAUUAAAAGUGAAAAUCCAGCAAAGUUGGGUGUUUUGUUGAGGAACAUGAGAGAGAGAACUGACAAAUUGUCCAACAUGCUCUUAAGUACAUUCUGUGAGCAUUGAUGCCCUCCAUAAGUCAUUCUGUUAGUGCCAGUACUAUUGGCAGACGGCUUCAUGCAUGCAGUCAAUUACAACAACUAACAAAGGCUCGUAUCAGACUGUCAUGGUCUUCAUUACAAACACUUUGAAAGGCCUAUGUCACGUUAAUAAGGUUCUACAACCAGUGGGCCCAACAUUUUUCUAAAUGCACACUCGCUAUUCCAACUUGACGAUGCUCUGGCAUCUCUAAAGUAUUCCUUGAAGACACAGAUGCUAUUCUAUAUCCAGCUGCAUUGCCAGACCUAUCACCGAUUCAAGCUGCAUGGCAUGGAUUAUUGCAGGCCAUUCUUAGAACCCUCUACAACUCCUGAGAUGCUGAGAUGUCUGGCAUGUUAAGUUACACAUGCAUUUCGCUACUUCUGUGUGUGCAGAUCAAUAGAAGUUGCCCAUAUCAGUAAAUUUCUAUUAAACAGGAAAGUUUAUAAUCAAGAAAAAGUUGUGAAACCAUUGCUAUAUGCAGUGUAGUCAAUAUAAUUCAUAUUUUUUGAUGGUUCUUGCAAAGAUUGUUGAAAUGUCAGCAGAGACAGUGUGAUCUGAAAACAAGGUAAUAUUGUCAACUAGCUGACCAGCCUGCUGAAUUUUUUUAAGCUGGCUUUAAUCUCGUUUUUACUGUGUUUUCACACCUUAGAUUGAUCAGUUCAAAAAACAUUUUUUGUGUGUGAAAACAAACCAGAGUUAAUAAGCUCUUCCUUCAGAAAAGCACAGCAUUGGUCCUGAACGUGGAUUAAUUUAUUUGGGACACUGUGUGAAAACGCUUUUAGAAACUUGGAACAGUCUGGUCAGUGUUUGAUUAAGAAAAUAUUAUUGAACCAGGUUUUCCUGGCAUAGAGAUUUUGUGAAAUUAAAAAUGUAAAAAAUUAAUAAUUAACCAAGUUAUGAGCAUGUAAGCAGCAGCAAGUACAGUAGGAAUGUAUAUGUAAGAUUAUGAAUAUGUAAAUCAUAUUUUCCUGGUUUGUUUUAACCAAUUUGUUUAAAAUACUAAACUCUGUAUUUAUCUGGUGAGUUCUUUGAAUAAACUAGAAAAGCAAUUUUUGGCACAGCUUUUGACUUUUUGGUGGAGGGCAAUAAACAUUAAGUUUUUAAAAUUA